UCGGCGUUCAAUUUGGUUCUAAGUCUCGGCGCGUGUGCAUGGACGCAGUCUAAAGUCUACACCAUGGUGCUGCUGCGAGUGAUCAAGUAUCUAGUGGGCUGCGUGGUGCGGGCCUGCCAUGAGUUGUCCCAGAAUAUGAAUUCGCUGAACAAAAUGUUCAAGUACCAUUUGCUGGAGGUCAGCUAGAGAGAGAGAGCCCAGGAAGCUGAAAGAUCUAUAAAGAGAGAGAGAGACAAGCCCAUAAAAGUCAACCCAUUGAAAUUUUGUAUAUAAAAUCGAGCGAGUUCGUUGCUCGAGUCUUUUGUUUAUGUGAUCAAAUAAAAUGUUUUUUA